AUGAUAAAGAACGCCAUAAAUCCUUCAUUAAGAGGAGGAUUUCAAGCUUUUAGGGGAAGUAUGAUGAUGAGAUCCAUGACUUCUUCCGUUGGUACUAAUAAUAUUGGGGAUAUUCCAAGCCAAACUGUUUCAACACAAAAUUUUAACUUACUCAAGUUCGAUUCUAAUGGAUCUAAAAAUUUAUAUGCUAUCUUACGAAUUCACAAUAUUCCUUACUUGGUAACUAAAGGUGAUAAAAUAAUAUUGCCCACAAAGUUAAAAGGUGUCAAAGUUGGUGAUCAGUUGGAUAUUAAUAAGGUCACUACUUUAGGCUCACCUAACUUUACUUUUAAUGAUAAUAACGGUAUCAAUAAAGAUUUAUACAAUUUGAAAUUGAACGUGGUGGAGAUUACAAGAGAACCAUAUUAUGAAGUUUACAGAAAGAAACAAAGAUGUAGAAGAUUAAAGACUUUCCCUGUGGAAAAUUAUCAAACGGUUUUGACCAUUAAUGAGCUUUCAUUAGCUUAG